CUAUCCGUACUCGCGGGCCGCGGCUGAUAUUCUCCCGUCGUAGUAUCGCAGUCUUCGCGUUGUGUACGGUGUUCAGUGUCUUAUCAGUUGUCGUUCGCGUGCGGUCUGUCGUUCACAAAAUCGACUCUUCCUCUGACGACGACGUGCUAUUAACGAAAAUAUUAUAAAUCUGUUUGACGACGACGUUAAUCGUACUUGUCAAAUGUUCUCUACGAGUGCUGUUUAGGUUUUUAUUUUUCAUACCAGUGGCUGAUAUGCCAGUCAAAGUAAAAUGGAAAACCGUUUACGCGGCGGUGCUGGUGUUGACUGUCCAACUGGUCACCGGUAUGUUCGAACAGAGACACUGCAAUCAUUUGUACCCCAAACCAGACGAGGUAAUACAUGGAGUGCACAUUGAAUCGCCUCACAUAAUGAGAAAAAGAAGUGUGAAUCAGCCGCUGCGAAUUCUUCUCUAUUACGACGAGAGCGUGUACAGGCUUACUGAAGAGAAAUUUCAGCUAAUAAACAAUACCAUACUACCGGAAGCUGUACGAUUUUGGGAACAAGCUCUCAUGGUUCGCAAAACUGAAAACGUUAUUCGACUCAACCGAAAAUGUGUAAACAAUCAAGUUUUUUAUCGAAAAGGGGAUCCUCAUCCAUACUGCAAGAACGCGUGUGAAGACCGAACAAUGUGCGGUGAAGUACAAGUCCCCGAAGAGCAUUUGGAGGCGUGCAAAACGUGUAACGCAUCGGGCAUGGAUUGCGGCACGGGGACGUCAAAAUCAGGCGUAGGCAUCGAAGGAGCUGACUUCGUGUUCUACGUAAGCGCGAUGGAGACGGAACGGUGUCACAAAGGAUUGACGGUAGCGUACGCGGCCCACUGCCAGCAGGAAUCGUCGCUGGACCGGCCGAUUGCCGGACAUGCCAACCUGUGCCCGGAGAGUAUCAGCACUAAGCCGCAGGAGCUCGAAGUGCUCCUGUCCACUGUCAAACACGAAAUACUGCACGCGCUCGGGUUUUCCGUUAGUCUGUUCGCAUUUUACCGGGACGCUAAUGGAUAUCCACUGACUGCCAGAGAAGACAAUGGCAAACCCAGGCUCAACGAAAAACUUCAGGCAAGGCAGUGGAGUGACAAAGUAAUCAAGACAGUGAUAAGACGCAAUUGGACAGUACAUGGUGGCGUGGUCGACAAAGAAGUUCAAAUGAUGGUAACACCUAGAGUCGUAGAAGAAGUUCGAAAACAUUUCAACUGCUCAUAUUUAGAAGGAGCUGAACUGGAAGACCAAGGGGAAGAUGGUACGGCUCUCACUCAUUGGGAAAAAAGAAUUUUUGAGAAUGAAGCAAUGACGGGUACUCAUACACAGAAUCCAGUAUAUUCAAGGUUAACACUAGCACUGAUGGAAGAUACUGGAUGGUAUAAAGCUAAUUAUUCAUUAGCCCAGGAUCUCAGCUGGGGCAAAAACUUGGGCUGUGAUUUUGUAACAAAAAGCUGUAAGCAAUGGAUGGACUUGAAACGUGCCAAAGGCCAAUCCAUCCAUCCAUUUUGUAAUAAAGUGAAAAGAGAUCCUCUGGAAACCGAGUGUACGGAUGAUCGUAGCUCAGUAGCACUAUGCAACUUAGUCGAACACGUACAGCCCUUACCCAACUUCUAUCAGAACUUUGAUAACAUCCCACACGUUACACCCGGUCGCGAAGCAUAUUACGGAGGAUCCGUAAGUCUUGCGGAUUAUUGUCCAUAUAUACAAGAGUUUAUAUGGAGGUCAAAAAGUGUGGUGAUAAGAGGAUCACAUUGUCAGUAUCCAGAAAAUAAUCCACAUCCAGAUAAGAACUUUGCGUUAGAAGUAUAUGGAGACAAUUCUAAAUGUUUCGACCAUACUAAUCAGAUGUGGGAAGAACAAACGUGCAAACAAGUUAGACAAUGGCAACAUUGGGGCUCUGGAUGUUACGAAUACAGCUGUCAAAAUGGAAGACUUCAUAUUGUUGUGUCCAACCACACGUACACGUGCUACUUCCCGGGCCAGGAAUUGGUCAUCCGGCUAGUAGCCAACGGUUGGCUACACAAGGGCGUCAUUGUGUGUCCGGCGUGCGAGGAGUUGUGCGGCGGCGAGUCGGACAAGUGCAAACCGCCGCAGGACGUGCCGCUCACCACACCGUACCAUCGCGAACAACUAGCAUGCGGCGGCACGGCUACGGUCGCCGUCACGGUCGCGACCGCUGUCACCACGGUAACCGUCGCCACGCUGUUACUCAUGAUCUCGACGUGAACAAACAACGAUGUGAUAAUUUCAUAACAUAUUAUUAUAUUAUCGUAUUUCGUUUCUCUUCCCAUCUCUCUCUCUCUCUCUCUAUCUAUCUCAUUAUCUCGUUAUAUCUAUAAAUCUAUCUCUUACUAUUUUUUUGUUCGUCCCUCUGCGUGUUGUGUGACGUGUGUAUAUAUUAAAAUAUUCCGUGUCUGUAUGUGUAUUAUAUAGGUAUAAAAAAUAGAUAGUGAUUUAUGAUCGUCAUCUCGUAGUCAUCGCAGCAUUCCUAAAUCGUUGCGCUAGUCCGGAGCGCGAAUUUCAUCGCACUCCGUUAAGGUGAAUAGAUCGAAGCUGCAUUAUAUAGUCUGCCGAAAAUCAAUAUUUUUCCAACCAAAAACAUAUAAUAUAUAUAUAAAUAUUAAUGUAUUCCGUCAACGCAAGUAUAACUAGAAAAACAUUAUACCACAGUUGUAGCGGGGCAUAUUUUACGAACAAAAGUGGUUGUAUUCUCCAGGCCCCAAAUUUACGCAUUUGCGUAUUAAUUAUAGAUUUGUGAUCGCAAGAUCCGUAGUUUUACGUACACGUAUGCGUUAUCAAACUAUAUAAAUGUUAAUGUGGAAAUAUUGACAAUCAAAUUAACAUUUUUCAAUUACCUACUUAUACAGGCGUAUUUGGUACAUUCGCUUUUCUAAGUUUUUAGACUUGUAACUUGAUAAUUUUUAAUUUUGGUGAUAUGAUUUAUUUAUUAUGAAGUUACGAUUUUUCAUUAUUACUUUCCCGCUAUUAUUAUUUCUGUGAUAAAUUUCAUUCCAUUUUGUCAUUUUUAAAGCAUACAAUUUUCCAUUGUAUAGUUAUCGAUCGUCCUCGGAUAGAGGUAUAAAACGUUUUCGUAAUAUCUCUAUAUAAGGGUCAUGGUCCGGGGAACACAAAUGUAAGUUUUCUUCUAUAAGAGACAUUAAGAAUGUUAACAAUUAAUAGGUUUUAGAACCAAUCCCAGUGAUGAAAAUGCUCAUGUAUGGAUAUAAAUGUGAAAUAAAAAGUAAUCGUUUUAAGUGUAAUAUAAAUAUACGUUAUAGAAAAAAUAAUUGAUACCUAUAGAGUAUAGGUACACCAUGUGUCAUUAUGAUCAUUAGAAUUUUCGUGAUUCGUGUGUAAUAUUUUUAAUUUUUUAAGUGAGGUACGUGUAUAAACUACUUAGUUCGCCUACUGGUUUACUUUAAUAUAUACAUUCUUUCAUUGAUAUAAAGAGUAUCCGAGUAGAUACCAGUGGCGUAACAAAAAAAAAUUGGGCCCCCCGCAAAAAGAAAAAUAGGCCCCUAAAAUAAUGUUAUACCAAAUAUAACCCUGUAACCAAAAGUCCCAAAUUAUCGUACCCCCUCCUCCCGCAACGCGUAGUCUGCGGGCCCUCAGUUACGCCAUUGGUAGAUACAUGUAUUAUCUAUAUUUGUGUAAUUAUAUACGUGUAUUAUUUACAUUCGUGGUUUUACCAACCCUGUAGUUAAAUGAAACAUGUAAAACAGCUAUAAUCUAACGUAUUCCAUUUAUGACAGAUCAAUUUUCUUAACAAAAGAAAAAAAAUAUCAAACAAAGAAAAUUGUUCAUAAUCAAAUUUUUAAUCGAUAUUUAACCUUACAAAAAAGUUUCUUUUUUAAAUCUAAAAUUAACAAGUUAUCAACAAAAAAACUCCAUCGUUUUAUUUAUUCUGCAGUUAGGUAUAGAAUAAAAGUAAUAAAAUAUAAGAUAUAAUAAAAGUCUCUUUCAUUUUUCUAUCAUGGCCAAGGUACGUACUUCAAUCAGUAUUUGGCUUUCGUUAUUCGGCGUAAACAUUCCGAAUAUACUAUUUUAAGUAGAUAUUAUUGUGUAUUUUUCUGUUUUCGUGAACGAGUAAAUAGCCAGAGGCUGGAUAUUUAAAAACGCUCAAAAAUAAAUAAUAAUACUCUGAUACACGGCAAACAAACAUUCCUCACUUCCUAACUCCAAUACAUACAUACAUAAUAAUAUGUAUAGUAUAUGUAUUACCUACUGCCCUACUAUUUAGAUAUUGCUUGGUGCUUUAGUAGAAUUAAUUAAUUGUUUGAGCGGAUGUAAGCAUUUACAAUUGAAAUGGAACAUUACGCCAUCAUAAGAUGACGUAUUUUUUUAUCAGUAAAUCUUCUAUAAUUUUAUCUUCGGUAUCCUUAUAAUAUUAUGUAUAUUCUAUAUCAUAGUUACCUACCAAUUUGUAUUGUGUAAAAAUAUUAUUUUUAAUUUUAUUUUUAAGUACCUAUUGUAAUUACUAAUUACCAAUUUACAUAAUUAUAUAACAUAUUAUGUUUAUAAGUGUCACUAGAUGUUAAGUUGUGAAUAUGCGUUUUUUCAAUUAGAAUUAUAGUAUUAUAGUGUGUAGGUAUGUAAGAUUAAAAAUAACGUAAAUAUUUAUACUUAUUAUGUCUGGAUGAUUUCCCUCAAAACCACAGCAUUUGAUGUAAAAAAAUUUAAUGGCCCAUAUUUUAUUGGUAAUAAAUUACCAGUAGAAUAUUUUUAUUUACCCUUGUUAGUUAUUUCAAUUUUAAUGAAUUAUAUAAAUAAUUACGUACUAUCAAUAACUAUGCAUACCUAUAGUACCUAAUACUCGUAUUAUAAUAUAGAAUCAUUUAUCCUGUAAACCGAAUAUAAUAAAAUACAUGUUUUGUUGUUCCUAUAAUAUA